UCGAGUUUUUCUUUAAAAAAAUCAUGGAUUCCAAUAAUAAACCAACAGAUUCUGCAAUAUUAUUUCUGGAUUCGGCAUUCGAACCGAAACAGCCAUCAACUAAUCAACAACAACCGAUGGAUGGUCAUCAAAUAUUAAAUCAAGUUCAAUUACAAUUCAUACCUACUGGUAAUGAAAAUUUAUACGUAACCGGACAGAUACAAAAUGCACAACAACAACAACAACAGCAGCAAGAAACAACAAGAUCAUAUGUGAUGGAACCAUCGGUUAUUGUUACUGGAUCGAAUCAACAGCAAAAAACUCGUGAUACAGAUUUUCUUGUCGAUAAUGAUGAUACACAACCGAUUGAUCUUGGAUCACCCGUUAGAUCGCAUGAUGGAACAACCGGUAAUGGAAAUCAUAAAAAACUUACCAUAUGGCAAUUCGAUUAUUAUGCAAGAUAUUUUGAUAUUACAACGGAUCAAUUUUUUCGUCGUAUCAUCUGGUCACUGGUUCCAUUGACAAUGGGCAAUGAAAAAGGAACAUAUAUUGAUCGAUAUAUUCAUUCGAAUCCGGAUCUUUAUGGACCAUUUUGGAUACCACUUACAUUAGCAUUCACCAUUUCAUUUUGUGAUGAUAUCAUACGAUAUAUGAACAUCAAUUCGAUCACAUCGGCUACAACAACAACGAUCACACCCAUAGGUAUAGAUUCGACAACAAUGAACAAAACAUUGAUACCAUCACCACCACGACCACCACCGCCACAUCAUCAUCCAUUGGCAUUCGAAUUUGAACGUAUCAAUAUGGCAAUGACAAUUACAUUUUCCUAUGUUAUUCUUGCUCCAUUAAUAUUAUGGUCAUUUUGUCAAUGGCGUCGUUGUUCAAAACUUUAUACAUUUAUCGAAUGUCUUUGUGCAUAUGGUUAUUCACUAUCAUUGUUUGUUCCAGUCACCAUUUUAGCCUUGAUCAAUAAUCGACAAAUACAAUUCAUAUUUUUUGCUUCAGCUGCAUUCCUUUCUGGUUCAGUUUUGCUGAUAUCUUUCGGGCCGGUUGUUCAUUCGGAUCCAAGUCGUUCGUUUAAAUUUGCAUAUGUUAUGCUUAUAUUCAUUCUUAUAUCUCAUAUUGUAUUGGCAUUAUUUUAUCUAUACAUGUUUCUUUAGUUAAAUUUGAUUACAGAAAAGUACAAAAUAAUAAUAAAAAAAUCACUGAUUUCAA